CGGCGGUGCGCUCUUCUUCAUUUUCCUUCUUUCCGAUCAUCCUUUUCUCUGGUUGUCGUCAAAUCGUUGCAGGAAGCAAGUGACGCAUGGCGUUGGAUAUACGUUCGGAAUCGGUCUCCAGAAGGAAAAGAUUUGUCUUAUAGUGAUGUGCAGUAUUCGAGACAUUUGUGUGCAUUGCGUUCAAGAGGACUAGUUCUGUGUUGCCAUGGUAUGGUUGCUCGUCAAUCACGUUAACAUUUCCACGGCGAACUUCUCCUGAUUGCGCCAUUUUCAACCUCAUUCAUGCUGUAACGCUCUGCUGUCCACCGCCGUCUGAACCCCCCCCCCCCAAAUGGAGUCUCUCUUCGACACUAUCAAUGUCCGAGAUCUUCUAUCCACCCAAGACCUCUCUGACCCUACCUCCCCUCUCUCUGCGCCUGAUCUCCGCCUCCUCAUCCAGCGUCUAGAGUCCCAUUCUCUGCACAUUAAAUCGAAAGUUCAGUCUUAUCUCGUCUCUCACAACGAGGACUUUGCCAACCUGUUCUCACUCUGCAACGACUCCGUUUCACAGUCCCAUCAGAUCUCAGAUGGCGUUUCCAACAUCUUGCGGUUACUUUCUGAUUCUCCGGCUGACACUGCAGUACGCGAGGUGUUGGAGGAGAUGAAGAGUAAGAGAGAGGAGCUGAAGGUAAAGAGGGAGCUGCUGGGACUGGUGAAAACCAUUGUGGAAGUGAAUGGGAGGUUGAAGGGUGUGAGGGAUGGAUUGACGAAUGGCAGACUAAAAUUUGCUGCUGAGGGUUUGAGAGACUUGAAAAUGGGUUUGGGGAUUGCUGAUGAUGAUAAUCAUGGGGUUGAUGGUAAGGAGCCAGUGGUAUAUGGUUUAUUGAGGAAGGAGUGGUCUCAAUCCUUUGAAGAGAUUCAAGAGGUCUUAUUAAAAUUAAUGGAAAAGGCUGUGCAAUUUGAUGGGAAAUCUAAUCGAGUUCAAGUCAAGUAUCAUUUGGAAGUUGAUGGUAUUAAUGGCAUUGAACUCCUGACAGUUAUGGAGGCAAUGGAAGUGGUUGGCAUUCAAGAAUAUGGGCUCACUAAAAUCGCUGAUUUGAUGAUCAAGUAUAUCAUUACUCCAUUCCUCAAUGCCGGACAGCCUGUUUCAUUUCUAGAGGAAUUGAAUGAAGAGUCAGCAGUAUUGAAGACCGUCCCAUCUGAAGAUGCUAAAAUUGAAAAUUCGGAUGGAGAUUUCCUCUAUUCAAGGAUUCUACUAGUUAUUAAAUUUAUUCACAGAAGCAUUUGCUACCAAAAUGCUUCUUGGAUACAGUGUUUUGGACGUUUGAUGUGGCCCAGAAUAUCAGAAUUGAUAAUAUCUAGCUUUCUUUCAAAGGUUGUCCCCACAGAUGCAUCAAAACUUCCGGACUUUCAGAAGAUAAUCAAAUGUACAUCAGAUUUUGAGACCGCCUUAAAAGAAAUCAUGUUUAUUUCAGCAUCUGAUGACAAGGGUAAUAGGCUGAGCAAUUUUUCUGAGAAUGUUGAGGUUCACUUUGCAUCUAAGAAAAAGAUUGAGAUCUUGGCAAAGGCUAGAAAUCUGCUGCUGGGUUGUGACUUUGCCAUUCCUAAAGAGUAUACAAGGGAUGGCCCUAAUUGGAAGAACCAUGAAACUUCUAAUCAGUCAUCCAACCAUGUUGUUGACUUAUUAUUCUUAUCAGAAAGGUGUUUGGUGUCCGAGGCAGCUAAACAAUUGAUGGAACUAGUUCAUCAGAUACUGCAGGACGUUUGCCUAUCAUCUACAAGAGUUGCUUUGGAAUUUUAUCAUGCGGCUAGAGAUGCUAUACUUCUUUAUGAAGUUGUUGUCCCUGUCAAGGUUAGUUCAUGUACGGCGGUGGCAUACUGGACAGAAAGGCAGCUUGAUAGCAUUAAUCAAGUAGCUGUACUGAUGCACAAUGACUGUCUUUAUUUAUCCCAAGAGAUACUUGGACUUGCAUUUGAGUAUCGUACAGAUUUCCCAGAUUCCAUCAAGGAGCACGCUGUGUUUGUCGAUCUAGCUCCAAGAUUUCAGCUCAUGGCAGAAGAAAUACUACAAAGACAAAUACAUCUGGUUAUCUUUAACUUGAAGGAGGCUAUAGAUGGUGCUGGCGGAUUCCAGAAUACUCAUCAGAUGCAGCAAUUUGAAUCAGCGAAAUUUAGCAUAGAUCAAGUUGUAUUCGUUCUGGAGAAAGUACACAUCAUAUGGGAGCCACUUUUGAUGCCCUCAACUUACAGGAAAAGCAUGUGUGCUGUUUUAGAGUCAGUUUUCUUAAGAAUUACAAGAGAUAUACUUUUCUUAGAUGACAUGGCAGCAGAUGAGACAUUGCAGCUACAAAGACUUAUUCAUAUGAUGCUGGAAAAUCUGUCAUCUUUAUUUGAGUCCCUGCUUGCUGUGGAUCGGAAGUCAUAUGAUUUCUCUCUAGAGUCUCUUGAUGAUCUUAUCCCAUCAUUACGUAAAAUUCGCAAACUAUCAGAAUUAUUAGAUAUGCCUUUAAAAUCCAUCACAGCAGCUUGGGAGAAUAAAGAAUUGCUGUCUUGUGGCUUUACAAUAACUGAGGUGGAAGAUUUUAUCAAGGCUAUAUUCGCAGACUCACCUCUGAGAGAAGAUUGUUUAUGGAGGAUAGAAAAUGCUAACCUAUAAGAUUCACGUAAUUUAGUACAAAUCUCACAAGGAUAUAAAGUUUUCAUUAAGCAAGAGGGUGGAACAUUGAAGUGAUGAUCCCUCGAUGGGGGAAUCAUGUGGAUGACAUGCUCUCACUCGAAACAUUAUGGUUUUGGCUAGAAAAAACUAAGUGCAACUUUGGCUGCAUGAGUAGAGAUGGUAGAUUUCUUGAAGAGAGGGAUUCCCCGAGAAAAUUUUCUUGCUGCAAAUCUUUGCCGAGAAACUAUUUAUCGUCUUCUAUUUAGUCCUUUUCCCCCUGUAGAUCAAAUGAUCAAUGUAUAUCCGUCAUACGCUUCUUAAAUGCCGCAGGAAUCCCGGCCAAAAAAAAACAAAAAAGCAUUCUGCCGGAAGAAAGCAGACUACGCGGAACUUUAUUAAAAUUCUGUGCUGACAAGAUUUGCAGCCCUUUUAGGUCCUGGUUUUUGCAGGUUAGAGCAUGUCAAAAAAUCAGGGAGUGUAGGCAUUUUCCAAGUUCAUUUACUUGUAUUUUGUGUUAAAUAGCUAUCGAACAAUUAUUGUUAUGUAAUAUAUAUAUAUAAAACUGUGAGCAGCACUUAUUAAAUAUAAUUCAUAUCCCGAUGAUCCCUAUUUUUAUCUCC